AUGACGACAUUCCCGGAGAGUAUGUGCGCGGUGUCGUGUGAGUCGCAGCUUUGUCUGCUGUGCGAUACCCCCUACAUCUCCUGGACGGAGCACUCCCGCGAGCAUGCUCACGUGGCACGCUCGGUAGUGUGCCGUUUCUUUGUGACGCCAGAGAGAAGCGAGAGCAUCAUGCAGCACCUAGAGCGGCACAUCGCUCUGGACUUAAAGGAGGUGGAUGCCCUCACUGACCGCAAGGUAGGGCGGCGCCGCGAGCGUCUCCUCGCGGGCCUUGCGCACCUUGUCGAGAAGGGGGUACUGCGGGAUAGCAUACCCACGCUGCUGCGCUCAACGCCGGCCUGCGAGGGAGAUGAUACGGGAAGAGGUGCUGGCAUUAGCGGCGCGACGCUUGAGGUCAACUCCGACCUUUUUCUCAACCGUGUCCUCGUGGGGGAGGCGUUCCUGCGCCGUGAGGUGCUUGACCGAUGCGCGCGGCUGAUGCCGUCCCUCACAGCGAUGGAGCUGAACAGUGUAGUGACGUACUUGACGUCGACGCGUCAAGUGGCCCGCAUCUUUGAUGAGCUGUCGCUGAUGGAGCUUCUCGUGGCGCGUGCGGAGUCGGAAAGAGCUCCCGCGAACGUGAAUACCGCCACCGCUGCUGCCACUGCCGCCGGAAGAGCAGCAGAGUCAGCGAGCGUAGAGCAGCUGAGCGAGACAACUGCGGCACCUUUGCCAGACAGUGACGCGAGCACAGAGUCACCACCUGGGCAGCAACCCUGCUCUUCCACGCCGGCUGCCGCUUCUCCCUCUCCCCCACGCUGGAGCCUGUCCCGCGAGGACAAGGUGUCCAUCAUGUGCGCCUGUCUCGGCGAGCUGCACCGCUUUCACGAGCAGGAGCGGCCGCGCUCCGUCAUCUCGAAGGCAGCAGCAGACGCCAUUGUGCUGAACGUGCUUGCCGGACACGGACGCGAGAACCUGGUGUCGGAGCUGGUGCAUGAAACACUGCAGCGCAUCGUGGACGAGGGGACGGUGGUCUGGCGGCAGCACCAGGAGGAUGUGAAGCGGCGCGGUCGUUCGUCUGAGGCAAACUUGACAGGGGCGGCUCGAAUCAGCACACGGCGGGCACCUGACACGGACAGUGCGGUAUCCGAGGACUUGUGGUACGUGCGCACCGCGCCGCUGCCGUCAAAGCCGUCACCGCGGCCGGCGUCUCCGGCUACACUGGAUAGCGCCGCAGCGGAACAACUCGUGUCUUCUUACUUGCCCUUCAAUGAUGUUGAUCACCUUAGCGGCGCCGAGCCUGACGCCGCGAAAACGACGGCAGAAGCACCGUCGGGGUCGAAUGCGGACGGCACCUGCACCACCUCUCCAGAGUUCAUUUCCGUACUUCACACCUCGGAGAAGGACUGGGGGCCGCUCACGGCGGAGCUGAGGAAGCGUGCCGAGGAUUGGAGCCGGCUACCUUUUGCGCCUAGCACACCCGAGCUAAAAGCGUCGAAGCUGUCGCGCUAA